AUGGAUAACUCGAUUGAAGAGGAUCGUCUGUUGACAUCUACUCCGAUUCAGAGUCUGGAUGUGCCACAUCUUCUGGAUCCGGGUGAGAAUCUUUCAGAUAGCAAAAGCGAUGAUCGGGACACGCCGGACUUUGUCGUCAGACUUGGCACUUCCUUGGCCAGAUCAGAGGCAGAGUCACAGUACAAACUUCUGCUAAAAGAAUUCUCACUAAGACCCUUGGAAUCACAAAAGAAUCCCAAACAGCAGUCAUCUAUAAACUCUGGCACAACCAGUAUCAGGAGCUCCGGUCGUGUUUCACCGGUUCGACGUCGGAGCUCCGUCAUUUCAAUCGGUAACGAACAUCGCCGAAGUUCUGUGACGUCAGUGACUGGGGAGCAGCAUCUUCGGAUGUUGAGUCGAGGUCUUGGUCGUCUGCAGAGGAGGAGGCGGAUGUCAACUAAAGGUCUACUGUUCCCUCCCUUGCCUUCACCAAAAGAGGAUCUCUCUCCACGGGAACCGUCCAUUGUCAAAUUCAGAAGAAUCGCCAGAAGUGUCCUGAUUGUAUCCGGGAUAUGGAUAUGGUUAAAGAGAUACACUCUAAAACCCAACACCAGUGACUGGUCGUUUAUGGAGAUGUACAUCCAUUUACGGGAUGACAUGAACCAAGUCUUGGCAUUCAAUCCCAAUACAUACGGGAAAUUUGAACCACUAAGAGACAAGUUAAAAGAGCUGCUCUCCAUACCUAAAGAACGAAGGACUCUCCAGAACAUUCAAGUGAUAAUGGCUCUAAUGAGGGACAACGCCUCCUUUCAGGACUACCCCGUACACACACAGAUACAACUAGCCCGCUGUAUGCAGUACCAAAGUUACGAGGCACGUCGAGUGAUUCUGAAACAGGGCCACCCUCCCUCCAUGUUCUACAUCAUGUUGACAGGCACAGCCAUGGUGAACAUCCUGGACGAAGACCCAAGAACAGGAAACAAAUUCGUGCGAACCGUUCACGAACUCAGCGGCGGGGACACGUUUGGGGAGAUCUCUUUGAUACACGGGGGACUCCGAACAGCCUCCAUCAUCUGUAAAACAACGUGCGAGUUUCUAGUCGUUUUGAAAGAGGAUUUCGAUGUCAUAAUCAAAGAGCCACUUCGAAAACAGAGAGAACAAAACGUAGAAUUCUGCAAAUCACUGAUGUUGUUCAAAGAUUUCCCUUGCGACAAAGCUUUCCAGCACAACACAAGCCAGUUUUUCUACCAGUAUUUCAAACCUGAUGACGUGAUUGUCAGAGACAGUCUGGAAAGUAAAUACAUCAUCGUCGUUAAAGCGGGAAAAUGUAAAAUCGUGAGCGAUUUCCAAAGCCGGAAAUCGGACACACGCCCAGACAGAAUUAGAAAGAUGUUUGCCCCCGAGGUGGAAGAGGCGUUUCCCUUGUAUACAACUAUGAAGAAGAUACACGCAAUGGACUCUUGUCCAAGAACAGAUAACAAAACCAGUUCCAAAGACAAGUUUAGGAUUGGGUUAUUGACGGGUACGAUAGAUAGAGACAAACUGGUGAGCAGCGUGUCAGCCCGGGUGUCGAUGUCAGAGAGUACCACAGAAAAAAUGUCAACAACAGCUGACGACGAAAUAAACCAGAUGACACACAGAAGACAUUCGGCUGAAAAUGCGCAAUUUUCAGAUCCACAUAGAAAAUCCCAAAAGUCGGAUCGCAGAACGAUGUCCUCCAAACCACGGCUUAUGGAAGAAAUUCUGGAUUGCGAAGAGGAGUACGUUCAACGCAAUAGAUGUUCUGAGCCCCUCAUCACGGCCUACGCCCAGAUUUCAGAAUUAAAGACGGGACAAGUCUUUGGUUUGGAGUCUCUGAUCUCCACCCCAUCCACACAACUGAGUCUGGUCAGCGAGGGGGCGGAGUGUAUCCUCAUCUCCAAGCGUCUCUUCCUCAGGGAGGCUAAUGUUAAAGUCUUAAGGAUUGUCACUGACUUGGUACAAAAUUACCCCUCCCACAACUACAUAAAAAACCAGGUGUUUAUUUAUCGGAAAUGGGUGCAUUUUAAGGCUAAUGUAGAAAAGGAAGUAUUGACCAACAUCCAAAGGAAAAACAAAGCUUGGAUAGGUGGCGUUCCCACAAAAACAUAAGGAUUUGCAUGUUCAUUUGGACUUCGUAACAUUUUUAAUGUAGAAUGCCAUUUUAGAGUU